CAAUGCCAUUUGCUGCACGGUUGAUUUCCGGAAAGGCGGUCCCAAUUGUGUCAGAUAUUUAUGCUAAUCAAGCCGAGCUCUGCGCUUUUUAAUCCACGCCCCGGCGGUGCAGAUAGAGGGUGGUAUCUGAGUCUGGUGGAGCAGGACAAAGAUAAAGUAGACGCCAUGUCAGACAAACCAAAUCUAUGUGAAAUCAUACAAUUUGAUAAGAAAAAACUGAAGAAGACAGAAACCAAAGAAAAAAACCCUUUGCCAACAAAAGAGACAAUUGAAGAGGAAAAAAGGCAAGAAUCAUCUUCAUGAAUGUGGAAUGGAGGAGAUGCAACUUUUAAUUAUUUUUUUAUGUUGACUGGUUUUAGUUUCAAAACCCUUACACCAACUAACUCUCAAUGGGACUCUUGUUGCAGCAUCCACUCCAAAUCUCAAGAUGGAGGCUACUUCCUAUAAUGCACCAAGGGACCAAAUUAUCGAUAUAAUGGUGAUUGGAUUGUAUGGUUUUGGAAACAAUGUAUAGUGCACUAAAAAUGUGAAGUAGUUUAUUUAAUUCAUGUUUUAAAUUCACAUGUUCAUUGAUUCUUCUAUGCUUAAUGUGUUACAAAGUAAAUAAAGACCAACAAAUAAGUAAAUGUGUGAAAUAGUGUAGACUUGUUGUUUCUUAUCCUCUCUCAAGCUUUCUUCCUCUCCUUCCCCCUCCCCACUAUCACCAUCAAGAGUUUCAAAAUCCUGGAAAAAUCAAUUUGCUUUCUUUUUGAUUAUAUUUUCUAUCUGCUCUUACUGCAUCUGCAAAAUGUUCACACAUUCUUGAAACUAUAAUUGAAUGAACAAUGUAGAUGUUAACCUGCAACCAUUUUGGAACAUCAAACAUUACAAUUGUAUGUUAAUGAUAUGGUGGAAACAGUUCAAUUAUAAAAGAAUUUUCUUAAUGUAUUUGCAAAUAAGUUCAAUUGUUCCACACACCUAGAAUAAAAAUAAUGCAUAGUUAAUCAUCAGCAAUUGUAAGCAUCUUUAAGAAUGGAAAAGUCUUUCCAAUAUCUUGGAGAAUAUAGGUUGUCAGUGUAUACGUAUCCAUAAACUAUGAAAUAUGUGUACAUUUAGAGGAUCCUAUUGUCCAGUAUAAAUCAUAAAUCACUAAUUUAAUAGAUGAUGUCCUAUGUAUCUGCAGUGAAUUAUCCAAAUAAAAUUUGAAUGUUUCAGCCAACUAAAGACAUAUCAACAGUAAAUGUAUUAUAAGAUAUUUUUAUUUAUAGAAUAUUUUAAAUCUAAUUUAACAGGAUAAAAUGUUUUGGGGGAAAAUAGAAUGCUUUCUAUCAAAGUAUACUUCUUUCCAAUUAACCAUUUUGUAAGUUUUAAGGAUUACAAUAAAUGGAAGUUGCAUCAAUUGGAAGUCUUCAUUUUCAUAUUUUCCUAGAUAAAUUUUGUUAAUAAUUUGAUUAUUAUGUACAAGUUGAUAAAGAAUUUGUUACCAACCAUCAGCUAGUAAAUUAUUGACUCUUUCCCAUCCUCCUUUCUACAUGAUAAAUUUCAAAUCACAUAGCAAAGACUUAAGUUUAAUGAGUACAAGUUUGCACCCAGCUUUUUAUUGAAAUGUAAUUACAUAAUGCACUUGGUAAUGUGGUUAUCCUUUCUUGUAUAUCUACAAUAGCAAUUGCAGGGUUCUGAAUGCCUGUGAAUAAAUCAGCAUUGUAUGGUUCUGGUUGUUUUGAGUUGUCUGGGCUUUGCCAGAUUAGGGAACAGUUAGAAAUCUCCACGUGAAAAGGUGGCAAUGCAGAUGACAAUGAAAGUAAAUUUGAUAUGGUUGGAAUGUCUCAUGCUCUCUAUAAUCCCUCCUCACAGUUUACAAAUAUCAAGGCUUCUAUAUAAAUAUUAGUUGAAAGAUCCCUGCUGAUGCAAUCUGUGAAUUUUAAUGCUGACUGUCUCAUGACUUUAAGAAAGGAAUAUGAAAAUGUGUAGAAAAAGGGACAACCUUUCUUGAUAACAUUUGUGAAAAAUACAGCAUAUAGUGUAUUAGAAUUGUUUAGUUUUAAUGCAGCGUUCUUUUAAACACAAAUUUUAGAUGCAUUCUAUUUAAUUAUCGAUUUUACAUAUUUUAUCUUUCAAAUUUAUGAUGGAACAUGUUCCCCUUUAAACACUAAUCCUAUUACACAAAAAUUAUAAAGCUAUCACUGAAACCCACAAAAUUUGUUUUGCAUUUUAACAUAGCUCCGGUUUUGUUACAAAGAAUAUUUAUGUCAACUGAGACAAAUGGUAAUGUUUAUGCAUUGUCAUAUCAC